AUGCCGGAUAUUAUGCAAGCGUGCAACGGCAUGUCGGCCGAGUAUCUCUUUCAAAAGGACAAGCAAUAUGAUACAAGCUACGACACUGGCGACAAGGCUAUUCAGUGUGGCCGUCGAAAUGACAUUUUCAAGCUGUGGCUGAUGUGGCGGGCAAAAGUGAGUCAUCGAACUAAUGAACGGCUUUCUGUGACCUGA